GUGUGCUUUGUGUCCAUACACUACGUUCAGUAAAAAUCGUGCAGUGUGUUGUGUUCACAAAUUGUUGUUAUCUGUGAAUAUAUAUUCAAGUGUGUUUGUGCGAGUUUCGUUCCAAAAACAACUACCAAACAACAAAUCAAUCAUCGACAAUGGUUACCAUUAAGAAAAUCUUGGCUAAAUCCGGAAAGAGCAUCCUCAAGGCUUUGAGGAAGAUGUCGAGAGCUCGCUUGGACAAAAAGUUGGCGGCAGCGGCGCAAGAGCAGCAAAAAGCCCAGCCACAACAACAGCAGGCCAAUCUGAGCCUGCAGACGAUGCUUUACGAGUUCGACUACGACACGCGAUCGUUCCAGUUCGAGGACGAGGCGAAGAGCGUCGACACCUACGUGACUUACGUGCAGGCCGAGGCCGAGUACUCGAGCUGCUGCUGCUGCUACUGCUGCGACGAGCGCGACGAGAAUCAGCUAAAUGAGAAUUUGGAGAACGAGAUGAUGCGCUGA